CCGGACAGGAAAUAAAUAGCUGACUGGCAGUGCGGGUGCCCCCCCUUGUGUGCCCUGUUUUAGCUCUCCUCUCUUUUCUUUUUCUUCUUUUUUGCUUCUUUCCCCCUUCUCUUUUCUAUUUGUUUCUCUGAGCUAUCUCUCCCAGAUUCUUCACCUGCGCCGAUAGCCCUCCAGCUACGGCUUGCACGCGACAAAAAUGGAGGACGAUAUGGCAAGUCACUACCAGAUGAUGGAAGAGCUGGGCAGUGGUAGCUUUGGAACGGUAUACAAAGCCAUUGACAAGGCUACGGGCGAGAUCGUAGCGAUCAAGCAUAUCGAUCUCGAGUCCAGCGAAGAUGAUAUUCAGGAAAUCCAGCAGGAGAUCUCGGUUCUUGCCACCUGCGCCAGUCCAUUCGUCACGCAAUACAAGGCUAGUUUUCUUCGAGGACAUAAGUUGUGGAUUGUCAUGGAAUUCCUCGGUGGAGGAUCGUGUCUGGACCUGCUCAAACCCGGAGUCUUCAACGAAGCACACGUCGCCAUUAUUUGCCAACAACUGCUACUCGGACUCGACUACCUGCACAGCGAAGGCAAGAUUCACCGCGACAUCAAAGCCGCCAAUGUACUUCUGUCGCACACGGGCAAAGUGAAGCUAGCGGAUUUCGGGGUUGCCGCGCAAUUGAUCAACAUCAAAUCCCAGCGCAACACAUUUGUCGGAACACCAUUCUGGAUGGCCCCGGAAGUCAUUCAACAGUCUGGGUAUGAUUAUAAGGCGGACAUCUGGUCGCUCGGAAUUACUGCAAUCGAAAUGAUAAACGGCGAGCCACCCCAUGCGAGCACCCACCCCAUGAAGGUGCUCUUCCUUAUUCCCAAAGAACCCGCCCCGCGCCUACAGGGAGAUCAGUACAGCAAUACAUUCAAGGACUUCAUCACACAGUGUUUGACCAAAGAUCCCGAUCGGCGACCGAGCGCGAAGGAGCUUCUACGGCACAAAUUCAUUCGCAAUGCGGGAAAGACGGAGGCACUACAAGAGUUGAUUCAUCGCAAGCAGGAUUUCGAUGCUGGACGAGGAGUGACCCACAAGAUUAAGUAUUAUGCGGAGUCGCUGAAUACUAUUCGGAACCUGAACGACGACGAUGGAUGGAUUUUCGACACGGUGAAAGCUUCUACAGCGACUAUACGUGAAGUCGAAGACGACGAGGAGAAUGAGCCCGAGCCCGAGCCACAGGAAGACUGGGUUUUCGACGAAACCGCCGACAUGGACGAUCUUUAUGUGUCCAGCCCUCCGUCAAAGCAUGCGACCAACACCGCAGUACGACGAACUCAAGCUCCCGACCACAGCCCAUCAAUUCGACGGGCCAAGCGACAGUCGAGUGGAGUGAAGCAGCCUCUCGGAGUGGAUAUGAGUUUCGGCAACAGCCCAUCGACGGUGCGGCAGUUCCGUCGGGUGUCGGACAACAAGAGCCCCAGCGACGCAUCUUACCCGCCGCAGUACCUUUUCGGAGGGGAAGAAAAUGCUAGUCCGAAGACGCUGUUCUCCGAGCCGAACAGCAAGGAAGCACAACUGGGGCGUCGGGCGUACAGCAAGGCGGUCGGGCUCGCCUGCCAGGAAGUGUUGGGGACCACGGGCGACCAAGAGAAGCGGGAAGCGAUUUCACGGCUGGCGGAGGCCUGGAGUGAUCUGGAGAUGGUCGAUCCCGAGGGACUCUAUCAUAUCCUCCGAGCGACGACGGAGAAGCUACAGAGUGACCCGAAGCUGGCCAGUCUCGUCCCACCCGCAGCUCCACCGGGCGAUUCCCCACAGAGGCCGCGACUGGUUUUGGCGCAGAGCAACCCACACCUCAAAUCCCACCGGCGCCGCCAGAGCGCCGCAGUGGCCGAGCCUAGCCUUCAACCCACCCAGCUUGCAAACCUCCCCGGGCAACAGGUGCCGGGUAUGGAACACACCAAGCAGUUGUCAGACGUGCUCUAUCAGCGUUGGUCCGAAGGCCUGCGCAACCGAUGGCCCGGAAUCUAGAAUUGGUUCGCUGCAUUUCCUUCAACCCCUUGCAUACUGCGAUCUGGAGAUCUCGAACCUCACGGAUCUCAGCGCGAGACAACAGAUUCAUCAUUGUACAAAAAUUUGGGCUCACAUGAGGCGUUGAAAUAUUCGGCCACCUGGCCGCCCGCGGUCUUCUUUUUCUAUGCGCUGUUUCUUUUCCUUCAUUGUUGCAUUAUUCCCCCUCACUUGGUAUUGUUUGUGCUCUCAUGGCCUGUUGAUACACG